AUGAACUACAGAGGAGGGGAAGAAGAUGAUGCGCUUAGUGCGCCCGUGUGGGAUGAACUUGCAGACCAGGGCCAGACGUCAGUGCCCGAAUUGACGGCGACGUUUAACGAUUUGGGAGCCUCGGAGCACACCGCAGCAGAGGAGGAUCACGAAUCAGAGGGACCAGAGGCUGUGGAUCAAGCGGUUGAGCACACACAGAAGGGGUUGCUGGAGAGACUUGCACCGGAGGAGGAUCCAUUGUCGGAUUUGAAGGGGGAUUCCGGUAGCGGAGUGACGAAUGCGCAAGAUGGGGGUGCCCCGCUGUUCGGGAGUGUGCUGUCACCGCUACCUGUUAACGAUAACGAUUUUAUACACACGGAGACGUCCCCAACGAAGGGUCGUGCUGCAAAACCGCAGAGACUGUUCAAUGCAGCUCGGUUACGGCGCAGACCGCCCAACAGCGACAUUGGUGGCAGUGCCGCUGCCACGGCCACAACGACGCAGGAUACAGAGGGCGGGGAUCCGUUAAAAAAUGCACAGUUAACUACCGAGUCUGAGGAUCAGGCGGACUCAGCACGAGACACUACGGAACAGGACAACGGAGCUGCUGCUAAUACCACACAAAACGAUAUCCUGCAACAGAUACAGGAACCCCUGUAUCACUUGUCCCCAAAGAAGGGGGAAGAUGAAUCUCAUGAUACAAUGGAUACAGAGACAGACACGCACGAGACAGAGGCCGAUCAAGGGGAGCCACAUACUACGGUCCCCUUUACGAUCGAAGUUAACCAACCCAUAAAAGUCGGCGAAUUGACCUCUGCGCAUAUGGAAUAUACCGUCCAUAGUGAAUCACCGGCCAUCGCGCAAGGCUAUUCAAGAGUGCAGAGGAGGUACACCGAUUUUAGAUGGCUAUACCGUCAACUACAAAGCAAUCAUUGGGGGAAGGUCAUUUCACCGCCGCCAGAGAAGCAGAUUGUUCGAAGCUUCAAGAGAGACUUCAUUGAAAACAGAAGGUUUCAAAUGGAGACGAUGCUGAAGAAAAUCGCUGCCGAUCCUCUUCUACAGGGAGACCAAGAUUUUGUGUUGUUUCUAACGAGUGAAAACUUCAGCAAAGACUCCAAAGUGAGAGAACACGUCUCUGGAUCCGGGGCUUAUAACGACAGUAAAGAUCUGUCAGAGAUACAUAUCAGUGAAAUCCAGCUACUCGGAGCGGAAGAUGCUGCCCAGGUGUUCAAGCAAGGCGGGAUCGAUGCCGAGGUCAACAGAGGGUUUAUGAAUCUGUCCUUUGGGGCCAACCCUCCCAAGUACAUCGAGCCCGACGCGGCUCUGGUCGAGCAGCGCACGAAAUUCGAUCUUUUGGAGGAGCAGUUGAAGCAAUUGUACAGGUCGCUGGAAUUGGUGGACACGCAACGGAACGAGUUGGCCGUUACCAUCGAAGAAUUUAGUGGUGUGAUACGUAAGCUAUCCGAUCUGGCAGUGACGAACCAAUCGUCGGACCUGCUUACGUCCUUUGCUGAGGUGCACGACAACAUAAAGGCCUCUCUCGAGAGAAGCUCUUUGCAGGAAUCUUUGACGAUGGGCGCCACUCUGGACGACUACAUAAGGUCCAUCGCAAGUGUCAAAGCCAUAUUCAACCAGCGGAACAAACUGGGUUACUUCCUGGGGAUUGUAGACGACGAUCUUGCCAAGAAAAAGGUAAAUCUAUCGAAAUACAGGCCCGCGGAGGCCAGGAGUGCCAAGUUCAAGAGCUUAGCCGCGGAGUGCGAAACAUUACAGGGACGGCACGAUAAGAUUGUACAUUGGUGGAACAAACUGGGCCUCGCGAUUAAAAGAGAGGUUGCACUCUUUGAAAGAGAGAAGAUCACCGAGUUCCGCAACAGCAUGGAGAUAUCGUUGGAGGCCGCUAUAGAAUCCCAGAAGGAGUGCAUUGAGUUAUGGGAAACGUUUUACACGAACAGCCUUUGA